AGCCCAAUCUGAUUUCAUUUGAUCUGCCCCUCUGUUUCUCUUCUCCAUCGGAUCAUCCCCUCCGUAAUGCAGUAGCUCACAGUUCUUCCAUUCCAAUUGCCAAGCUUUUGUUUAUACUGUUCUUCUCCUCUUCUAAACGCCUCUGCUCGCUCAGCCUCUUUUCUAACUCGGUUGCUCGGGAUUUAAAUCGGCAUUCGAAUUAAUCAGAUCAUUCCUUAAAUUGAUCUAUACUGAUCUCGAUGACCCGUAAGCGCAACACAAUUGUUGCAACUGGUUUACUAGCUUUUGCUGCUGCUGGAUUGGCAUUUCCCUUUUACAUGGCGUCAUCUAGGAGUAGGCCAGUGAUAGAUUCAUCAAAGCCACUGCCUCCACAAGCAACUUUCCGAGGGCCUUACAUAAAUACUGGUUCAAGAGACAUUGGACCUGACUCUCAGACAUACCCAAAGAAAUGAUGUGUUUUGCUAAAUGAAUGUUGUUGGGGGUAAGUAAACUACCGGUCUAUUUUUGUGAACUUUACAAUCACAUUUGCUCAAAUCAUCCACUUCUCUUUCUCUCUUUUUCUGGGUAUAAUUGUUAUGGUGAACUUCUUUUUAGCAGUCUGUACCAACUACCGAGAAUUUUACUUGACCAGUUAAAAGUGUAUGAGCCAUAGGUUGAGUUGGUGAUUUUUACUUCUCCCUUGUUUAUAUAUUCGGCACAAGAGAUUCUGUAUUCUCUUCCUAGGCUUGGGAGUUGGUGGCCUAGUGGUUUAUUCUAAUGAAGUUGAUCUUGUUCCUAGUUC